CAUGCAGAAACAUCGACAUCUUCUUAAACCUAUGAUGAUUGUUUCCACUACUGGAUACAUCAUUGCAGCUAUUGGGCCCUAUUUGGCUGAUGGCAAGAACUCUGAUGCCAAGAUCCUGAACCAUAUUCUUGCAACAAAUGUUCAAGAGAUAAAGUCGUGGAUCAAGGAAGAUGACAUUCUGAUUGUAGACCGCGGUUUCAGGGACUCAGCUGGAGUAUUAUCUGAGCUUGGAAUCAACAUGGAAAUGCCGUCCUUCUUAAAGAAAGGUCAAAAGCAGCAUUCAACCGAAGAAGCAAAUAGUUCCCGACUUAUAACGAAGAUCCGAUGGGUAGUUGAGUCAGUGAAUGCACGAAUCAAAACAUGGAAAUACCUUGGAAAACAGCUCCCGAAUUCUCAAAUUCCAUAUAUUGGAGACUACGUCAGAAUAGUCAGCGCCAUUUGUAAUAAAUGUAGAUGUCCUAUUAGCACUGGGAAUGAAGAGAGUGAUCUUAACAUGGCUGCAAAAAUGCGAUAUUUGCUAUCAAAAAGCAAUCUCUUGUAACAGGAAGUUGAAUCCAAUGGACUGGAUAAAAAGUCUCACAGAUGGGUGAAGUUAGAUGAAGCAACAACAGAUCUAGAUGACUUCCCUAGGUUCACCGAAGACGAAGUUCGAGAACUAACCCUUGGAGUAUACCAAGUGAAACUGGCAAAGCAUUACUCUCAAGAACACACUAACCUAGAUGGGACAUAUGAAAUCUGGA